GUUUGAGUGAUCUGGACUCGCCCCUCCAGGAUCAGAAGAGUAAAACUGUAGUAGGAUGGUUGGAUCUGCCUUUGACUGCAGGGAGUGUUGGAUCAGGUGUGACCUUUGACCCAUCGCCUUCAGUGUAGCUCUACCUGAGGGGGCGGGGCCUGAGUAGCCCAGGGUUGUCAACAUGGCAGCAGCGUCCUCCAUGCUCAGUAAAGGUCUGGGUCUGGUCCUGGUGGAAUUUGGGUACGAGUAUGAAGGCCGCGAUGGUGCACCGGUCAAAAUCAAACCCAAUGAGCGCUACGUCCUGCUGGCGAAGACCAAUGACCACUGGUGGCAGGUCCGGGAAGACCACAGCUCCAGGUCCUUCUACAUCCCAGCAAAGUAUGUCAAAGAGCUGCCUCUGGAAUUACCCUCUCCUCUGGACUUUGCUGAUCCUCCUGGUCCUGAACCAGUGCCGCCUGUCAUGGCUCCGGUCCCCGUUCCAGUUCCUGUCCCCAUUCCAAAGCCUCUGGAGGAGCCCAGAACCAAGCCGAGCGAUGAGGUGACGAUCAGACUGACGCCCGACGCUGUCACCAGGCACCGCAAAAAUGAGAACCGGAUGUCCACAUUUGGUGUUCCAAUGGACUUCCAAGACGCGGUACCUCGGCAUCCCAGCAACUCUUCGGCUAGUUCUGCAGAGACCGGGACAAAAGCGAGCAGCAGAACUGCAAACACAGCUGACAGCAAGAAGCAGCCUCACCUGCCGGGAAAUGUGGAAAAUGUUAGGGAGUCUGGGAAACUUCACGUUCCCAGCUUCAGUCCAGCAGACCCCCUGUCAAUCCCCCGACCCCACGUCCAGCCCAUCCGGGUGGAGACGCCAGUGGUUCCACCAAAUAGCAAUGUACACAACCCGUCCUCAUCAUUCGUAGGACAUCAGGACGGCCAUAAGUCUCCAGCAGAGCCAGAGGAGGAGCUGUUGGAGGAAGAGGCGAGCAUGGAGGAGAGCGGCGAGGAGGAGCAUGACUCAGUGAAGGGGGAAGAUUCAAACCACAUCUACGAGUCCAUCCAGGACCUGAACCUGGACCUGGAGGCUCUGGUUGGAGGGAGAGUGAGUCCUGGAGCACCAGCCAAGGCCGCACCACCUGAGCCUGCACCUGCCCCGCCCCCCACACAGAACCAAAGCUCGCCCGAGCAUCUUUCGCCCAUCUAUGCCAACGUCCCCUCUUUGAAGAAGCCGUCUCCCCUUCAGGUCUCUUCUUCUGGCUCCACCCUCUCCUCCCCACCUGUCACAGACCUGGCCCCAUCAACAUCAGGCCACAGCCCAUCAUCUUCUACCUCCUCAAGCAUGAUUAGUCCCAACUCCCCGGUCAGCCCACAGGACAGGUGGCAGGGCCACACUGAGCAGGACAGCGGGAAGCAUCCUGUAACCAACCAUAUGUCCAACCCUCGUGGUCCUCCAUCGGUGCCGGCUAGGGACAUGGACCGCUCCAAGGGGAAAGAAGGGGGUCAGCUGACAUCCCCUUCCCUUGUCCUCUCCCCCGCCUCCCCUCAGGGCUCUUGUGGUUGGGAGGAGAUGUUUGACGAAGUCUCAGGAAGACCUUACUACUUCAACCGCAGCACAGGAACCACAUCCUGGACUUUACCAGAGGCCCUGUCCCCAUCACCCCCACCUGGAUCUGCAACCCACAGGAAGCACGAGAGCAGCCCGCCUCCACUGCCAGAGGAAGACUAUCCCGUAGAUGACCAUAACAGCAAUGAUGCCACCUUCAGAACGCAUCCUCAGCAGAACUUGGGCCUGAUAGCCAAAGCUCACCUGGACCUGAAGGAUCUGCAGAUUCCACAUUUACCCCAAAGGCUGAUGGGAAAUGGUGUUUCUGAGGAAGGACCGAUGCUCCAGGCCAGCAAACUGAGACACAGCGUAGCCGAAGAUAUGUUUCUUCAGGGCCAUCGGAGGAACGCCUCUGAUCACAGUGACAUGAUGAGCAGACACUUGUCCCCUGACACUCCACAGCUCUCUGAAAGGUGCAGACUGAAGAGGAAUCUCUCCAAUCAGAGCACAGGCUCCAGCCCACAUCAUGGCCACCUGCUGGAGAAAGCAGGGAUUCUCAACAAGACCAAAGUGGCUGAGAAUGGGAAAAAGAUCAGGAAGAACUGGAGUCAGUCGUGGACCGUCCUGCACGGAGGGAUCCUCACGUUCCACAGAGACCCCAAACCAGCUGGAAAUGCAAGCAAAGCGUCUCAGAUUGUUCCGGAGUACACUGUCGAGCUCAGAGGAGCGUCGGUGGGCUGGGCCUGCAAAGACAAGUCGUCCAAGAAGAACGUUCUGGAGCUGAAGACUCGGCAGGGCUGCGAGUAUCUCAUGCAGUACGACAAGGAGAGCAUCAUCGGCGACUGGCUCAAAGCGAUCCAGGAAACCAUCGAACAGCUGGUGCCGAUCAGCGCGCACAGACCUGAGCAGGAGCAUGUGUCAGACAGUGAGGAUGAUGGUUCUUCAGACAAAGAGGACAAAGACAGGAAGAGGACACCCAGGACUUCAUCCGCGGCCGACCCGGAGCAGAGGCGAGUCCGGACUAAACUGCGACGCUUCCUGCAGCGCAGGCCGACGCUGCAGAGCGUCAAAGAGAGAGGAUACAUCAGAGAUAACGUGUUCGGCUGCCACCUGGACACACUCUGCCACAGGGAGAACUGCACCGUGCCCAGGUUUGUGGAGAAGUGCAUCCGGACGGUGGAGAGGAGAGGUCUGGAUGUGGACGGGAUCUACAGAGUGAGCGGAAACCUGGCUGUGAUCCAGAAACUACGACACAAAGCCGACCACGAGGAGCACUUGGACCUGGAGGACGGACAGUGGGAGGAGAUCCACGUGAUCACCGGAGCGCUGAAGCUUUUCCUGCGGGAGCUUCCUGAGCCGCUGUUCCCCUUCAGCUGCUUUGAAAAGUUCAUCGCUGCCAUCCAAGUCCCGGACUACAGCCUGAGAGUCUCCUACAUGAAGGACCUGGUUCAGACUCUUCCUCUGCCGAACCAUGACACCAUGGAGCUGCUGUUCAAACACCUGCGCAGGGUGAUCGAGCACAGGGACUCCAACAGGAUGUCAGUUCAGAGCGUCGCCAUCGUGUUCGGGCCCACGCUGCUUCGCCCCGAGACCGAGUCUGCAAACAUGACGAUCCACAUGGUGUUCCAGAGCCAGAUAGUGGAGCUCUUACUCAACGAGUUCCAGAUAGUCUUCUCAAAGAGCUAAGAGGAACCACCUGGAACAACUUCUUCAGUCUUCAGGAACCCCCCGAGGACUCCAGCACCCUCUAGAGGACCUACACAUCACCUCCACUCUGAUCGAAAUAAUUGGUCACAUGAUGGGGACAGAAAUGAUCCAAGUGAAUCUGAGGGAACCUCUGAAACCUCUUUACUCCUCUUUCAAAGGAGCAAAUCAAAUCUGCCAUUUUUAAACCAUCGAACAUCUCAGCGUGAGCAAGAACCCUCCU